AUGUCUAACCGAGAAGCCCGCUUCAGCCAGACUGUCCUGGUGGACACCACCCCCAUGCCCGACCACAUCCCCAAGGUGGAAGAAAUCGGUGCCACAUCUGCGCCUCUCAUGAGCGCGGCCUACUUCAUCGGAGACCGGUGCAAGGCCUUCAACGAUGACUUCAUGAAGUGCAAGGACGAGUCCAACGGCCGCGGGGAGAUCGACUGCUUGAAGGAGGGCCGGAAGGUGACGCGUUGUGCCGCUAGCGUUAUCAAGGACAUCAACACCCACUGCCUGGACCAGUUCAAGGCCCACUGGGAGUGCCUCGAGAACAACAACCACCAAUUGUGGGAGUGCCGCAGGGCCGAGAUGCAACUCAACAACUGUGUCUUUGACAAAUUGGGCUUGAAGAAAACCCUCCCAGGUGCUCCUGAGAACCAGGUCCCUGUUCACCUGCGCCCCAAGCAAAAAUACGCUCAGUACCCCGGACCCCAGUGGUAA